CCCCGUAGCAGCGCCACUCAGCGGUGAAGAGGCGGAACUGCAGCCUCUGACCCACAUGUGGCCGGACGCCUUUAAAUCUAUCGAGAUUACGAGCACAAGUAUUGAUGAAAGUGCCAGAAAAGUGUGUAUUUCUGCGCUGAGGAGCGACGAGUGUGUUAUUAUAUGAUCUGAAGUCUGUGGAGGAACGCGCGCGGAGUAAUCGAGGGCUCAGAGCUGCUGUGACCCGGAGCCAAAGAUGCAGGAAGGGCCAGGAAAGGGUGGUCAGAACUCGGAGGACACUUUGGAGGAUGAAGAGUCUCAGCGCUGCCCGAUCUGUCUGAACCGCCCCAGACGGAGCGAUCGAGCCGUUCCCGACUGCUGCAGACAUGUCUACUGCUCUGCUUGCAUCCUUCGCUGGGCACAGAUGGUUCAGUCCUGUCCGGUGGACCGCAGACCCUUCAGCGUGAUCUUCCUUCAGGGCUCCUCGCAGCAGUGCAUUAAGCUUCCUGUGAAGAUCAAGCCCAGACUGAUGGACAAUCGCACGGGCUGCGGUCAGGAUGGUCAACGCAUGUGUGGAAACUCUGCGGCAGAGACCGGAAGUGUGGAGAGAACGCAGGAGAAAAGAGCCAAUCCCAAACAGAAAUGCCACAGAAAAUCAGGUGACUCUGAUGCAUUCGUGGAUUCAAAUAAAAAGGCCAGUGGAGACUCAUGCCACACUCUUCUGCCCACUCAGCAUUUCCACUCAUCACAGCAGGGAGCAAUGGUCGGCACAGUCAUGGCCGGAUCGGUUGAGGUUUGUGAGGACGGCGUCCAGUGGAGGAGAUUAGAGAGAAAGCGCAGGUUGCAUCAAGCGUCUGUUCCUAGUUUUUCUACAUGUGUUCCCAGGGUGUCAGUCCGCUCACACCUACUUCUGUCAGCUGUCUCUGCUUCUCUGAAUCUGCUGCUUUCAGAACAUACAGUUCCUCAUGGCAUGGUUUGUGCCGUCACCUGCCCCAAAGGUGAGGAAAGAAAAGGCACAAGGGGUUCUGGAUCAAAGAGCUCUGUGAAGCCGGCAGAAGCUCCUGCAACCCGGCGGUCCUCCAGACGCAGCCGAGGAGAAGCGGAGGAUUCCUCUUCUGCACACUCACAACAGAACGAUACUGACAACACCUCACAAACGCUAAAUGAUACUGCGUCUACAAGCAGAGGCCAGCAAGGGAAUAAUCCGAGAUCUGGAGUGAAGACAAGAGGACGGCCAAAGAAGCUGAAAGUGGAGAAACGCGAGGAUGAGGAGCAAGAACCUGAAGCAGAAAAUCACAAGGAAGAUGGAGCAGCUGAAUCCGAAGAAUCAAAAACUGACCAGAAAGCAAACUCGGAUCAGAUUGAUGGUGGGCAAGACCCAGUGGACACAAAGGAAAAGAUGGAGGAGGAGAAUGAGACAAGUCCUUCUGAGAACAAACCUGAUGAUGCUGAUAACCAGGAUGAGGAAACUGCAGAAGAAGAAGAAGUGGUCACUAAGAAUGUGGUUGAAGAAGACGACAAUAGCAGGCAAGAAGUGAUGACUGAUGAUGAAGAUCAGGUGGAGCUGAUGAAUGCUUCACCAGAACUGAACCAAGACUGCUCGUCUCCUUCCAGAUCUUUAGAACCACAGGAGUCUCCGUCUGAUUCCCAGGAUGCUGUUUUAUCUUUUAAAGAGCAACUGACAGCUGAAUCACCUACAGAUGCUUCAGAUCAGGAUUUGGAUCUGAAACCAGAGCUUGACAGCACAGAAGACAAUCCUGAAAAGCAGGAUUCCAGUAGCUUUCCAGAUCUCCAAGACAUUGCAGAUCCGAAACCAGAGCCUGACACCACAGAGGAGGCUUACACACAAGACUCCAGUAACCUUCCAGCUCUACAAGAGAUUGUGGAUUUGAUACCAGAGCCUGACACCACAGAGGAGGUGGACCAGAGCCCUGUACCAAUGGUUCCUGAAGAGAUUUCUACUCUCGAAACUAGACCAUUAGUUCCUGAAGAGAUUUCUGCACCUGAAACUAGUCCGUCAGUUCCUGGAGAGAUUUCUGCUCCUGAAACUAGUCCGUCAGUUGCUGAAGAGAUUUUUGCUCCUGAAACUAGUCACCCUGUUCCUGGAGAUAGUUCUGCUCCCGAAACUAGUCCGCCUGUUCCUGGAGAUAGUUCUGCUUCUGAAACUAAACUUUCAGUACCUGCAGAUAGUUCUGUUCCUGAAACUAGACCGUCAGUUCCUGGAGAAAGUUCUGCUCCAGAAACUAGACCGUCGGUACCUGGAGAUAGUUCUGCUUUCGAAACUAGACCUUCAGUUCCUGGAGAUAUUUUUGCUCCCGAAACAAUGGACACUAAUGUGAGGAGUUCUCAGGACAACACUGACCUCAUUCCCAUGGAGUGUGAUUCUCCUGCAUCAGAGAGUGCUGCUGAGGUGGAGAUGGUUCCCGCUGCGAUUGUGCCUCAGAUGGCCAAUCAAGAUCCUGCUGAGAAGAUAGAGAGCUCUAAAGAAUCGAAAACCUCGGAUAAGAAGGAGGGACGAUCCCGCAGGUCCCGCUUCCACUCAUCUUCAACCACUUGGUCUCCGAACCGGGAGUCUAGGAAUGAACGCAGAUCAAGGUCUCGAUCCCGGGACCGAAGCCACAAAACUCGCUCCACAUCUCGAAACCGUGACCACCAAGAGGAAGAACGGGACAGUCGGAGAAACCGUAGUCGUAGCCGAAGCAGAGAGCGUAGCCGCAGACGGAGGAGUCGCUCUAGGUCCAGGAACAGGAGCAGACCUGGACGCCGCAGCCCGUCCCAGGAGCGUGCAGACCACGGAGGACACUCUCCCCGAAAACGAGACUCCUGGGGUGGAGGAGGAGAAGGAUGGAGAGGCAGAGGUGGUGGACGAGGAUUUCGCAAUUCCAACUGGAGGAAUAACACUGAAAAACCUGCACAUUUCUCAACUAGAGACCCUGUUUCUUCCGAUAAUGGAAACUUCCAUGAAUCCUCACCUGAUCGAGGGAGGAACGAGAACCCUGAUUGGGUGAGAGAAAGGGAGAGGGAGAGGAGUUGGAUGGAUGCUGAUAACCGUGGGCGAGAGCCGGCGAGAAGAGAGGAGAAUUUGGGAGAUGGAGACACCUGGUCUCGGGGCGGCUGGAGUGCUGGACGUGGCAGAGGAGGCACACACUGGGCGUCCAGCCAGCAGGGGGAGCCAGGAGAUAACUGGAGGCAGCGCAAUUCUUUCUCAGGGACCACUAAUAAUGCAGAUUCAUACAAUCGCUUUAAUGAUAGCAGAGCUGGAGGGAAGAGGAAAGAGUCUGAAGGUGCAGAGGCUCCACUGGAUCGCUCCGGGUGGUCGUCGGCGUCGAGUUGGGCAGUGCGGCGAACUCUUCCCGCUGAUGUGCAGAACUACUACUCGCGCAGAGAUCGAGGUGGUGGCGGCGGUGGAAACAACAUCUGGAACAAACAAGAGGAGGAUCAGAGCGCACCGACUGUCCCAAAACAAGCAGAUCCCCCACAGAAUGAGCCAAGUGCGCCGCUGCCAACUGAGGCUGUGCCAGCCAUGCCUCCGCCCCUGCUGCCGCAUCAGAUGGGUGUGAUGGGGGUCAUGCGCUUCCCCAUGGGCCCCGCUCCACUGCUCCAGAGGCCUCCCACCGCAGGUCUGCAGGCUCCACCACAGUUCAGCCUGCCUCCUCCAGUACCAGUGCAGCUCCACCAGGCUGGCCCGCUCAUGCAGGUGCCCUCUAUAGCAGUGCAGGCUCUUCCUCCACCGCCUCCGCCUCCUCCACCUGUGCAGCAGGGCGGAUUUACUGUGGUGCCGCCCGAAAGCCACCCAUCUCAGCAGGCGAUGCCCAUUUUUCCUGCGCCAGUCAAAAUGUCUUUCAAACCUGUGCCGACCAAAGUGGUUUGUGGGCCUCCUCCUCCUCCUGCUGUGCCGGUCAGUGCGGUGCAGCCAUCCUCCACCACCUCCAGCAGCUCCAGCACGCAGCCCAAAGCCCACGCAGACAGCUCCAAGAAGGAGAAGGAGAAGAAACUGCAGAUUCAGGAGCGCGCCGUCAAUGAGGUGAAAGCAGCCAUUAAGCCAUAUUAUCAGAAGAACGAAAUCAACAAGGACGAAUAUAAAGAGAUCGUGCGCAAAGCUGUGGAGAAGGUGUGUCACAGCAAGAGUGGCGAGGUGAACGCAGACAAGGUGGCCACUCUGGUGAAGGCGUAUGUGGACAAAUACAAACACAUCCGCAAGAGCAAAACUGAAAAGAGCUGAGGACGGCGGAGCUGCUGCUGACGCAACAAGUGCAAUUCCUCCACAGCCGCUCUUAACACAUUUACAUACGACAAUGAAGAUUUUUCUAGAGAUGAUAUUUUGUUUAAUUUGGAUUUGAUAUAGUGCAAAUGCCCUUUAUUGGAUUAUGUCUGCGCGCGCGUGUGUGUGUGUGUGUGUGAGUGCAGAGGGGGUUAAAAGUCUGUAAUGGUGUCGCUAUUAAUUGCAUUUUGCUUCUAAGUUUAGAUGAUGAUCAAAUGAUUCAUUGGUACGUCUGUAUCUCUCUCUUUCUCCAGAUCUUCAACAUAAAGACUGUCAUUUUCCCCCUUUUAGAGGCAGCCCAGCAAUCCAUGUGCAUUAGCUUUAUUAAUCGCUGCAGAUUCCGAGUGUGUGUGUGUUUGAUUAUGUGUGUUUGAGAUCUUAAGUGGACAGAACAACGGGUAGUUUUGUCGGUCGGUGAGCUGAGAUUUUGUUGUCAUAUAUCCAGGUUUAAAGUCCUGUACUUCUGUUUUCUGCAGUUCAAUCACUGUGUCUGUUUAUCUUCCCAGAAGCAAUGAAAUAAAGCAGCUCUCUGAA